AUGCAAAAUGCGAUUACAAGAGGAUACAUUCGCUCCGCUCUGCCAGAACUAUUCAAUCUUAUAAUAGAAUUUCUUACGAUAAAGGGCAUUAUCAACUUUGGCAUCUUUGAGGACAUACCCAGGCCGUUGGUUCUCAAAAACAUUCCGCUGGAGAAACGAGAAACGAUUGUUAUUCAAGAGGCGAGGAAGAGGAUAGGAGGACGAGUUCAUGUUUGGGCACCUAAGGUAGCAGCAGGAGCAAUGGUCAUCAACGGCCGCCAAAACAACCCUAUCAUCACCAUCAGUCGUCAAAUCUAA